UGGUGCCGUACAACAAGAUGGCGCCGCCCACAGCCCAGCCGGAGGCGGCACUGGGAGAGGAAGUGAGGUGCCGCGGUGACUAUGGCGGACGAGGAGGAGGACCCGCCGUUUGAAGAGGACACUGAGGAAGCCGGAGGAGGAGGCCCAGAUGGUGGGCAGGGCAAGAGGAAGAGGCUGUUCUCCAAAGAGUUAAGAUGUAUGAUGUAUGGGUUUGGAGAUGACCAGAAUCCCUACACAGAGUCAGUGGAUAUUCUUGAAGACCUGGUGAUAGAGUUCAUCACAGAGAUGACACACAAGGCAAUGUCAAUUGGACGGCAGGGUCGUGUACAGGUUGAGGAUAUUGUCUUUUUGAUCCGCAAGGACCCACGGAAGUUUGCUAGAGUAAAAGACCUGUUGACUAUGAAUGAAGAACUGAAACGAGCCAGGAAGGCUUUUGACGAAGCAAACUAUGGAUCUUGAUGCUUUUGUAUUGUGCAGAGAUGGUAAACAUUAUGGUUACAUGUUAUCCCUAUACACUUUUGAGCAUUUUUUGUUCAAUACUGAGAAAUUAACCCCUACUGCUUUGGGUUUGGGUUUGUGUGUGUGUGUGUGUGUUUGGGGGGGGGGGGGGGAGGGGGUUGGAUCUCAGUGCUGGAGUGUCUAAAGCUGCAUUUACUGGUUAGAAUUGUCAGACAAGCCUGUAAAUGUAUCUUAAUGUUUUGUAUAUUUUUAAUGCUCUUUCAUGCUAUUUUAAGAAAAGGCGGGGGAGUUCAAACUAGAAGUGCUCUAGAAGUUCAUGCUUGUUUGUAGCAACUUUUGUUUUGAGCUAUGUACCAGAUGACUUGAAAGCUAAAUGUGCACAUUUGCCAAGCAUCUGUUUUCAGUUCUCAUUCGAUUCAGAUACCCUUCAUCUGAUCCACCUUAGGUGGAUUUCAAAGGAAUAAUUGAAAAGUUAGUGCCUGAACAUCAUUGUGCUUGGAGAGAUUUAUACAGUGUAGUUAGCCCAGGUAUUGAAACUUUUUUGCUUCUCUGUGUCUUCUCUUUAUAAGGGGGUAUUUAUGAACAAUAAAAUGUUUCAACAGUUCA